AUGGACGCUGCAGAGUUCCACGCACAAGUUUAUGCCGCGGUCCGUCAGAUUCCCAUAGGACGGGUGACUAGCUACACCGCCUCUAACUCAACGUUCUCCAGUGGCCACAUCGCAAAAAUUGUGGGAAUGCCCCGACACUCUCGUCAUGUAGGGCAAGCUCUCAAAUUUCUUCCUGAUGGCUCCGAUAUCCCUUGGCAGCGCGUGAUCGCUAGUAACGGUACAAUCUCAUCUCGAGGCCCUGGGACUACCGGAGCAGAUCGCCAAAGAGAGGCGCUCGAGGCCGAAGGCGUUGAAGUUAGCCAAUCCACUCCGGGAGGUGGCUUGAUGAAGGUCAAUCUGUCAGAGUAUGGAUGGUUCCCUGAUCCAUCCGAGGUCGAGCUUGAUGUGCAGGAUGCCUGA